AUGAGACGGCCGCUCUCCCGGGUCUCCGGCCGUCUCAUCCUGGCUCAAGCUCCAUCCAGCUCCGGGCCCAGGGCGGGCUUUCCCCCCCGGAUCGGGGGGGUCAUCCCGGUCUACAAGGGCAUCAAGCAGAGUUUCGGCCUGGCCCUCAACACCCGCCCUGGCAAGGAAUCUCCAGCGAGCGAUAAUCAACAAAAUGGCCGCCGUGCGCCAGCCAUGUGCGCGAACAGCCGGAAUGAACUAGCUGAUUGAAGGGGAAAUUACCAAGCACUAUCAGACCACCAUGACAGCCUAUCCCAGGCUUAUACUGGUGGACUAUGCUGGCAAGAUCAAGGUACAGGCUGUGGGCAAACAAUAAGGGGAAAAGAGGCAUACACAAAACGGGACCCUACUGAACUGCCCUUGUACAGCAGACCCACAGGGGUCACCAGACCCUACAGCUUCCAACCCCAACAAAACAGGCCAGAGGGACCGAAACAACAAGCCACCCACCCUGCAUCCAGUUAGAAAGGGCCCACCCUACCAGACCGGACCUACGACACCAUUACCACCACCAUACGCCAAUGCACAGCGCAGGAUGACUAAACUGCAGCGCCAGGGCACAAGCGGCACCCACCAAGUGAACGCACAGCAGCGAGAGCCGCAGGAGAACUACCUGCUGACCAACUUUGGAGCCGACGCAGGCACAGUCGACCACACAAAUCCUGCUCAACCUGGCGGACUCAUGUAA